UGCAGCUCUGUCAUUAGAUAAAAACAAACCAAUUAACAAAAAAACAUGCAUACCAUGGCCCUGGGUGGCCAUGACAUCCGCUCUGUGUGAUCUGCCUUGUGGCUGCAGUCAGUGAUUUCAGCUCAGCUGAGGCAACAGUUCCCCAGCAGUGAUUUCAGCUUGUGGAAUCUAGCCAGGGCUACAUACCUAGCCUAGCAUCCCACUUUCACCGCUAGUGAAUCAUAAGUGGGUUCCCAUGAGGCAAGACACAGUGAUAAUAGCAAGAACCUUUAUUGAACUAACAGACCUGGGCAACAGGGGCAAAACAACUGCAUAUAUACAUUUCUGAAGGCCUAGGCCACUCCUACUCCCAACAUGAUUGGCUAUUUAAACUUCCAAGCUGCGAAUCAUGACUCAGUUCAAGGGCCAAUGGCAGAGGCCCAAAUCCUGAAAUGUUCUGUGAUUGGAUAUCAUGUAUCAAAUCAGAACACAGGAACUCAGAAUCCUUAGUCCAGACUCAAGCUCAGGCAAACACAGACCACUGAAUACGUAACAAGAAGAUAUGUUUUAGAAAGUGUUUUGAGAUACAUUUAGUAUUGGGGUCACCAACGUGGCCCCAUGGGGUCUUCCUUGCAACUGACAUGUCCUCUGAAAUUAGGCUUGGAAUAAGCAAAUAGAAUAAGUCAGAGUGUUGUGGCAUUUCUGAGAUGCGCGUGGCAGCUUCUAUGGUUUGCAAAUGUACCCUCCGCUCCAAAACCUUGGCAGCUGCAGAUAUCAAUAGCCAUUUCCUGCACCAUUCAUCUAAACCUCCCUCUUUUACAGAGCAAGCCUAAGCCUCUUCACUGAGAAGUUCCCUAGAAUUCAUCCCUAGUUGAGAGAUGUCACGUCAAUCCCUGUGAUCAGCAGCCGCACUUUGGGGCUCCACUUCGACCCGGGCCGAGGGCUGCAUCAUCAUGUGCCCGUCAUGUUUGAUUACUUCCACCUGUCGGCCAUCUCUGUUACCCUGCACGCCUCUCUGGUGGCUCUGCACCAGCCCCUGAUCAGCUUUGCCCGUCCAGGGAAGGGCUCGUGGCUUGGUAAAAACAGCUUGGAAACAGGACCAGAUCUGACGGGGAUGUCGCUGGAAAACCUGGUGUUUGGAGCCGGCUACUGCAAACCUGUUGCUUCUGAGGGUAGCUUUUAUGUGCCCUCUGAAAACUGCAUGCAGCAUGCGCACAAGUGGCACAAAGACCUUUGCCUCCUGCUCCUCAAGGCGUAUCGAGGACUCCACAUGUACUAUGCCUUCAUCACGAAGGAGAUUCCUAAUUUGCCGCAGCUGAAGUUAGAGGAUCUUUCUGUAGAAGGCACCCUGUUGCAGCUGUCUGCAGAGCUACAGAUGCUGAACAAUCCCGAAAAGAUAGCAGAGCAGAUCAGCAAAGACCUCACUUGGCUCUGCUCCCACCUUUUGGCUCUCUGGACCCAAUUUCUGGAGAUCGUAACCCUGCACCCAGAUGUCACAGCCUAUCUUGUCCAGGAACAUCACACUCUGAGGGUAAGAAGAUUCUCUGAAGCGUUCUUUCAUGCUGAGCAUCAAAAGCCGGCUGUUGUGACUUUCCAGGAAAGCCUCAUCCAGCAUCACAACCAAAUCUCAUCAGAAGUCCGGAACUCCGAGUACCUCACCAGCAUGCCGCCCCUGCCAGUAGAGUGCCUCGACAUUGAUGGAGACUGGGGCACGCUGCCGAUUAUUUUUGAAGACAGAUAUGUCGAUUUCCCCUACAAAGUUCAGAGCUUGGACAGCUUGCCGGACUAUGUUGUUUCUGCUGGUGGCAAAGCACAAGUGGACUUAAUAGGAAAAAACGAGGAUCCUUCUUCAAAUGAUGACUCUGCUUUAGCAAAGGGAGAUUUCAGGAACAAUGUCCCUUUCAUCAUCCAUACAGAUAGGAUAAAUGGAAAAUCGGUGUAUGGUCACAGCUAUCCAAAAGAAGAUUCAUGUAUGGUUGAGAGUUUCAAGGAUCACUCGACAACUCAGGUACACACAAUGAACGGAGAUGCGCAAUCCCAUGGGGAUGAGUCAGAUCUGGCUAGCAAUUUGAUAUCUGGUUUGCAAUCAGAACUCCUGAAUGAUCAUACAGAAAGCCUUAAGACGCCAAUGGAGCUUUCAGAAAAUAAUAGUGAUAGACUUUCGCUGGAGGCUGCCUAUUUGGACAUAAGCCCAGUGUGUAAUAAUGACCGCCAAGGAGAACCAAUGCUAGUCAUGACUGCCCAGUAUGAUGGUGGCGCAUGUGGACAACACAAACUUUUGAACGAGAUUGAAUUGAGCCAAGCAGCUUCAGGGGAUGGUUCUGAGUCUACUCUCACUUCAGACAAACUCCUGUCUGAUAAAGGAAAUGCCCCAGAGAAACCAGCUGAUCAGAGUUGUGAGUCAACACUGCCAUCCUUGAGGACAUUUGAUGUAAGUGAUGAUUUGGGUUCACUGAACCAGAUAAGAGACGCUGAGGAGAUUAAGGAGCAAAGAGUGCAGGAGUGUGAGGAGUUCAGCUUGACAUCAGGGGUCAUUAAGAGAUCUUCGUCACUGAUCUCAGACUCAGGGAUCGAAAGCGAGCCCAGUUCAGUAGCUUGGUCUGAUGCACGGAGUAAGGCUUUGGAGUUACCCAGCGACCGGGAGAUUCUUCACCAGCUCGUCAGAAGGCACGCGAUUCACCGUAACUCUCUGGAGGGCGGGCACACAGAAAGCAAUACCAGCUUGCCCAGUGGCAUCCAAGCCUCCCUCACCUCAAUCAGCUCCUUGCCCUACGAGGAGGAAGAGCGGGAGGUGGAGCCCAACAAACUGACAAAAUCUAUCUCAGCUCCUCAGAUCAGUAGCCCUGAGGAGCCUGUUGAUGACAUGGAUAUAUCAAAACAUGCCAAAACUAUAUUGGACAUUGCAGAGGGACAAUACGUGGAAAUUGGGUUCACCAGCAUGGCCCUAGCAGAAAACGUUUCCAUGUGCCGGAAAGCCAGAGAAAAUGGUGGGUUGCCGCUUCCAUUUGCUACCAUGGAACACCCCAAAUCUGCCUUUGAAGAAAAUGUUGACAGUCCUCACUUACCAGAAGCUGCCGAGGGCUUUUCAGAGGUGGACUGUGGUUUGGAAGCCACAGGAGAAGCUGUGUUUCUAAUGCAAAAUGAAAAUCUAGAUGACACAGUUGAAAGCCAGCUGCCAAGGAGAACAGGGGAGAUCUGUUUGGGAAGGGUUGGUGACUAUUUGGACACCAACACCACUGCUGUUGAUGUGUAUGAGAAGGAGGUAACUUUGCACACAGUCCACGGUUCGUAUUCCACAAACGUUGAGGUUUUUUCACACCAUGAGGGCCACACGCCAGACUUUUGCUAUACUAGCACAGUCUUGUCAGAGGUGGUACCUGAACCUGUCUCUGCAAAGGGUCCCCAUGGCAGUUCUCUUGCCAAUGGCAAAGUAGUGAUAUGUGGUGGAGAAAUACCCAACUUACAAGAAAUUGAUCUGGAUAACAGACCCGGCUUUGGAUCCUCCUGUGCAGAACCAGAAAACCGAGAGUUCAAAAUGGUGGCAAACAGCACAGGCUUCCAUUCAGUGGUUCCUGGGGCACUGGCGCUCGAGAGCAAAAAGGCUAUUGAGGUGGUCAACUUAUCUGUUUCUUGCACAGCCACCUGCCUUCCUUUUUCUUCGGUCCUCAAAGAGAACCCGCCAGUGGCCGGCUUCUCCUCCAAGCAGGUCACUUCUCCAAUUACUCACCAACCAGUGGGUUCCUUUGGGGUCAUCUCCUGUGAGUCCAGUGAUGUGGAUGGGGAGGCCAAUGAAAGGAUGCUGAGUUUUCAUCAGGCCAAAGAAAAGUUUAAAAAAGAGCUGAAGAUUGAAGGAUUUCUGUACAGUGACCUAACUGCACUCGCUUCUGAUAUCCCAUAUUUCCCACCAGAGGAAGAGGAAGAAAAUUUUGAAGAUGGGAUUCACCUAGUGGUCUGUGUCCAUGGGCUGGAUGGUAACAGUGCAGAUCUACGGCUGGUAAAAACUUUCAUCGAACUGGGUCUCCCCGGUGGAAAGCUUGACUUCUUGAUGUCAGAAAGGAACCAGACGGACACAUUUGCAGAUUUCGAUACAAUGACCGAUCGUUUGCUGGAUGAAAUAAUUCAGCACAUUCAGCUGUACAACUUGUCGAUAUCACGAAUAAGUUUCAUCGGCCAUUCCCUCGGCAAUGUCAUCAUCCGAUCCGUGUUAACCCGGCCCAGAUUUCGCUAUUACCUCAAUAAGCUGCAUACUUUCCUGUCCCUCUCCGGGCCUCACCUGGGAACGCUUUAUAACAACAGUACUUUGGUUAGUACAGGCUUGUGGCUCAUGCAGAAGCUGAAAAAAUCCGGGUCACUUUUGCAGCUAACCUUCAGGGACAAUGCAGAUCUGCGGAAAUGUUUCCUCUACCAGCUCAGCCAAAAAACAGGCCUCCAGUAUUUCAAAAAUGUUGUCCUGGUGGCCUCUCCCCAAGACCGCUACGUCCCAUUUCAUUCUGCAAGAAUAGAAAUGUGCAAAUCUGCCCUGAAAGACAGGCAGACAGGUCCUGUUUAUGCCGAGAUGAUCAACAACCUCCUCCAGCCGGUGGUGGGGACAAAGGAUUGCACUUUAAUCCGCCACGAUGUGUUCCACGCCUUGCCGAACACAGCCAACACCCUGAUCGGGCGGGCAGCUCACAUUGCGGUGCUGGAUUCUGAACUGUUCUUGGAGAAAUUUUUCCUGGUUGCGGGACUCAACUACUUCAAAUAAGACUGUGAGCCUCAGGGGAGCAAAGGGAGCCUUGCAUACUGAAUUGCAAAGACUUUCUGGGCCAAGAGAGUGCUUCAUUUCUGGGAACAAACAGAAUACGCUUACGGCACACCCUAGUGGCUUGGAGAGAGGAAUCAAAGUGCUUUGGUUAUAAUGUAUUCAAAGGGCCAAAAAUUGGUGCUUUUUGGAAGAUGUAAACAUAUAUAUGUUAUUUCGUCUUUUUUUCUUUUUGUUCAUCUAACCACCAACCUCCUAAGAAAAAGCUUUUAAAAUCCUGAGGAUGUGAUUAUAGAUUUGCCCCCUUUAUAAUGGUCACCGGACUGACCUCUUUCUCUCCCUUCCACCAUUAAGAAAUCCACUUAGGCAUAAACUGCCUUAGCUGAGUCAAUAAUUAUUAUUUAAGAAGAAACUUGUCUGGUUUUUGUCAUUUUCCAUGUUUCAUGUGGUCAACAAAAGAAGAAAGAAGUAAACUCAGGUUAAAUUCUCCUUUGCGGUGAAUCAGAAAAUAGGAACGGGAAUCUGUGGAUUGCAGCACUUUAUUUGUUUGGCAGGGGAAGUUAAGAAGAAAACUCGUAAAUGUGUGGAAAACUCCAGUUCUGAAGGCCACAAAGUGUAAUAACAUUAUCUCUGCAAUGUCUAGUCGCUGACUUGGAGCUAAUCUGUUGUGGUGUCCCAAAUUUUGGUGGGCAUGGGCUCUGCUUCAGCAAGCAAUCUGAUUUAAGGGACUCUGGAGAAGCUUUGAAGGCACUAGAACACAGGCUGGCAAUGGCGGACGUAUUGUGAAGUGAGCAAGGACUGAAGGAUGUCAUCCCAAAAUGACUCCUUCCGCUGCUGAUCAAGACCCAGGCCACUCUUCCAGCAUGCAGAGUCUACGGAUCAUCCACUCACUUCAAGACCCAGGCAAGGGACCCUUGAACUCCUUCCAGUAUUUGAGGAGGAACUCUCUCCAACGUGAAUAGCAACAGAGUUAUUCUCUUGUUCAUCGCAGGUUGCCCUGAGUUGCUAAAAGAUGCUAACAGUGGUAAAAGAUGCAGGGACAGUGGUUGGGGAAAAAACACCCGCCUAUAACUUGGCAUGAGAAAAUAUGGUGAAUGUGCCUACUUAACAGGGUGACCUUGGGUUCCAGGCUUCUUCUUCUUUUUGGUGGGGAGAUAAGUUAAC